AUGGAACAAGUAAAAAAAAAGGAAGUUAGAAAAAAUCAGCAAAAUGUAAAUAUAAAUUGGAUCAUAAAUUCUCCCGAUCCAACACCAAUUGCUUUUUUUUAUCUAACGCACCCAACGGCACGAUCUCGAGCAAUAGACACAUAUAAAAAAUGUUUUAAUCUCGCUUUAAACCGUAGUAAAGGCGCAAAUCUUGAUAAAUUGAAAGCUGUGAAUAAUAAUGAAGAAAUUAUGCAACAAGACUGGGAAAUUUGGCUAAAAGAAAAGAAAGUGAUUCAAGCCUGUCGAAUGAGUCAUGAUACGAAUUUGCAAAUUCAAAAAGACUUUGCUAUAACGAUGAAGACAGUAAGUCAUUUUAUGAUUUCAAAAAGAUUGAAAUUCGAUAACAGUGAUAUCAAUGAAGUUGAUGAUAUAGAAACUCAAAGUAUACACUCGGGAUUAACAGGAUACAGUCCAAACAAUCCAUUUUUUAUACCG